ACCGCUCGGCUUUAACGUACUUGCUGAACAUUCGGAUCAGUUAGGAAGAUAGGAAGCACGCUGCUAGUUAGCCUUAAGUAAAGCAUAAUAUUAUCUACCAACCCAAACUUGUAUGGGUUAGAAUACAGCCAGGAUAUGAUUCUGGAGUCCGUUCAUGUGAGUAGGCUGUCAAAUGUCUUGGAUUUCAGUUAAAAACCGUAGUUCACGAUAAUGCUAGCUCUCUGAAUUGGACCGAAAUGGCCUCGGAGCCGAAUCCUGCGGUUUUUCUCACUUCUGUUAUGGAGGAAAUCAACAGCCUGUCGCUGUGAGGUGAGGGUCUCUACAUACAGAGCUCGUGAUGAAGGCUCUCGGCGCGCGCUCCGCGUUCUACGUGGGCUUUCUGGUGGGCACGUGCAGCUUAUACCUGCUCCUGCGUCAGGCUGGGUUCACCCGGGACUCGGGGUCUCGUGAGCCCGGGACCCACGAUAAAACCCUGCUGGAAAUGCUUGAAGAAGAAAACAAGAACUGGAAGAAGGAGAGGUCGGCUCUUUUCAACCUCAAUCAUCCGCACCAUACAGGUGAGGAUGGCGCACUGGCUGACUCUCUUUAUAAGCGUGUACGCAUUCUCUGUUGGGUUAUGACUGGCCCUGAUAACCUGGAAAAGAAAGCUCGGCAUGUGAAAGCCACAUGGAGUCGUCACUGCAACAUUGUGGUCUUUAUAAGCUCUGUGGACAAUCCAGAUUUUCCCACAGUUGGCCUGAACACUAAAGAAGGUCGGGAUCAGCUAUACUGGAAAACCAUCCGCGCUUUCCACUAUGUCAUGGAGAAGCACGGCGAUGAGGCCGACUGGUUUCUCAAAGCAGAUGAUGACACUUAUGUGAUCGUUGACAACCUGCGCUGGAUUCUGGCUCGCCAUUCUCCAGAGGACCCAGUGUACUUUGGCCGGCGUUUUAAGCCAUAUGUAAAACAGGGCUACAUGAGUGGAGGUGCUGGCUAUGUGCUCAGCAAAGAAGCUCUGAGGAGGUUUGUGGAGGGCUUUCGCACCAAGGUGUGCACUCACACUACCUCAGUGGAGGACCUUGCUAUGGGUCAGUGUAUGGAGAAGAUAGGUGUCAAGGCAGGAGACUCCAGAGACACCAUGCAAAGAGAGACAUUCCAUCCUUUCGUACCCGAGUCCCAUCUUACUGGCACAUUUCCCAAAACUUUCUGGUACUGGAACUACUGUUAUUACCCCAUUGUACAGGGCCCACAGUGUUGCUCAGACCUGGCUGUUUCUUUCCACUAUGUGGAUGCGUCGCACAUGUACCUGCUGGAAUACUACACUUACCACUUGCGUGCCUUUGGCUACAAAUAUCGCUAUCAGCCCCCUGAACCCAAUGUUAAAGCCCCAGAGAAAGUAGAAACUCGAGUCUUGGAGCAAAAGGACAAGGUUGAAGCACAGGAAGAGGAAAACCAAUCCCCUGAACUUAACGACAAGUUAUAGCAGCUUAUUUUGACAAAAUGGAAACUUUCCAACUCUUCCACACACACACAAACUAUUUUUGGGGAUGUCUUACCCCCCUUUUUUGUUUUUGGAUAUCGUCUCCUGUAUAUGUGCGACAGAAAAGUGUGCACGACUUAUUUGUUUGAUUGAAUGCAAUUGGUACAGUUUGGGAGGGUUUUUCCUCUUGAUAAUGCAUUUGUAUGUGAAUGUUUAAAUAUAUAUGACAGUGCUGAAUUGUAUGAUAUGAA